CUUUUUAUUUAACGCAUUAGUAAUUAUAACAUGGCCCCAAGUCCGAUGUUUAUAUCUUUUUCGUAUAGAUACUUCAUAUUUAUGUGCUAGUUGAGUAAUUUUUAUUAUUAUAAAAUAAAAAUACUUAUAGCUCAUAUUUAUGAGGAAAAAAUGUCAGAAUCAUUAUUUGCAAGAUCUUUUAAAAUUUUUACUGUUGUAUGUGCAUACUGGGUUGUGUCAAUUUCACUUGUUUUUCUAAACAAAUACUUGCUUAGUAGCGAUGAGUUAAAGCUUGAUGCACCAAUGUUCAUUACUUGGUUCCAGUGUAUCGUUUCUGUUUUUGUUUUGUUUUUGCUCAGUUUUAUAGGAGACAAAUAUCCUAAUAUAGAUACAUUUCCUGUGUUUCAUAUUAAUUUAAAUGUUGUGAAACAGAUAUUACCUCUUUCAGUUGUAUUUGUUGGAAUGAUUACAUUUAAUAAUCUUUGUUUGAAGUAUCUUGAUGUUGCAUUUUAUAAUGUUGCGAGAGCUUUAACUACAUUUUUCAAUGUUGUAUUUUCGUAUUUUAUACUUAAUGAAAAAACUUCAAUGCGUGCUAUUGGUUGCUGUAUGCUAAUUAUUUGUGGUUUUUUAAUUGGCGUCAAAGAGGAAGGAAGUCUAAGUAACCUUUCUUACAAAGGUGUUUUAUUUGGUGUUUUAGGAUCAUUGUGCGUAUGUUUAAAUGCAAUAUACACCAAAAGAAGUAUGCCUUUUGUCGAUGGCAAUAUAUGGCGAUUACAGAUUUAUAACAAUUUUAAUGCAAUUUUUUUAUUUAUCCCUUUAAUGCUGUUUAACGGAGAGCAUUUGAUGGUGAUCAAUUUUAGUCAUAUAUUCAGUUCUUAUUUUUGGGUAAUGAUGACUUUAUCUGGAGUAUUUGGUAUUGCUAUUGGAUACGUAACAGGACUUCAAAUUAAAGUAACAUCUCCUCUUACACAUAAUAUUAGUGGUACAGCUAAAGCUUGUUUUCAAACUGUGAUUGCAGUUAUUGUCUAUUCUUCAUUUAAAAGUGUUUUGUGGUGGGGAUGUAAUUUCUUAGUCUUAGGUGGGUCUGCCUUGUAUACAUAUGUCAAACAUAACGAUAUGAAGGUAGCGUCAAAACAGGUCGAAAAGAAAGAAACAGAAAUGUAGUUGUUUUAAAAAAACGCUGUGAUUGAUGAUUAAAAAUAUUUGCUUAUGUAUUUAUUUGGUUGAUUUUUUAUUUUGGAUAGUUUUGUUGAUUUUAUGAAUUUUCAAAAUAAUUUAUCUUGUAGUUAUUUUAUAUGUUUCUUAUUUCACAUAUUUUGUAAUUCACUGCUUUAUUUUUAGGGAAAUAAAAAGCGUUUCAAAUUU